AUGGCUGCCUUUGCUUCAACCUCAGCAUGUGCAUUGGCCACACUUGCUACAAUUCCCCGAGCCCGGGGAUCUAUUUCUCAGCACAAAAGUUUCACUACCAUUGGAGGUCCUGUAUUUAAUGGGUUAAAGCUUAUUCCCAAGAUUCAAUUCUCAAAGGAGAUAAACAAGUUUUCUACUCGGUCCAGCUGCUUCAAGACUGCAAUUUCAUGCUCUCUUGCUCAACCUGAGACAUUGAAAACCGUCCAAAACACCAUUGCUAAGCAAUUGUCAAUUGAUGUGAGCACGGUGACACCUGAAACCAAGUUUGCUGACCUGGGUGCUGAUUCCCUUGACACGGUGGAGAUAAUGAUGGCCUUGGAGGAACAAUUCGGAGUUUCAAUUGGAGAAGGUGGAGCCGAGAACAUUGCAACAGUCCAAGACGCUGCAGACUUGAUUGAGAAAGUGAAGCCUGCUGCAUAGGCCACUUAGAGCACAUCGCUUGCGUUACAGAAUUACGAAAGCUUACUUUGUAUUAGUUAUUUCAUAAAUGCCACCAAACUGAAAUUACAGUACUGAUCAAAAUUUUCUGCGAGGUGGCACUUCUUUAUCCGUCUACUUCCAUUUCUCCCUGUCCUUAUUAACCAAGAGGGCAAUUUUUGUUGCGAGGUGGUCUUAAAUUGUAGCCUGUCGCUUGUCUCUUUGUUCUUUCCGUCCCGUGCAAGCAAGAAAACGAAUAAAAUCAUGAAUCAACUUGAGCUUUGUUUUUAGAGAUGCAACUUACAGCAACUCCUCCAGCGGCCAGCGGGAAUCUAGAUAUAUUACGUGGAUCUACACCUGGCGGAUAUUAACUCUUAACAACUGAAAUCAAACAAGAAUCAGUUCACCAAGUUCAUCCCAUUUGAAGAUUGUUUACCACUCCCGCCACCCCUUAAAAAAUACCUGUAAGAAAGAAGGAUUUAGCCUACCACGUAAAACUUGGAAGGUUUUGCAAUCCACCUAGGUGUAGUAAGUGUGUAUUACUCAAAGGGCUGUAAUUCGUGGGUAAGGCAAUUUCCCUUGCAAAAAUACACACUGGUCUAAGCCAGCAGGCAAAAUAUGGCUAAAUUUAUUUGAUAAGAAGGCAUCUGUCAUUUAGCAGAGCAUAUAGAACCAGUCUUGGAAGAACCACACCAGAAAAAGUUUGCAGAAAUACCAAUUAACGAGAAAUCUUCAACUUAUGCAUAUUGUCCAAGUAAUGAAGAAACCGAGUUUGUUGAAAGGAUUGAUGGACAUUUUGAAACUCAUCUUUGCAAAGUCCAGAAAAGUAGCUGUUAUGACGUUGAUAACCAAGCAAAAAGAAAGAACUCACC